CAAACACCAAUUCUCUUAUAGCUCUUCUUUUCUUGUGUCACUUCCAUAAACUGAUAAUGGGUGUCUUCACAUAUGAAACCGAGUUCACCUCAGUCAUCCCACCACCUAGAUUGUUCAAGGCUUUUAUCCUUGAUGCCGAUAACCUCAUCCCAAAGAUUGCUCCACAAGCAGUGAAGUGUGCUGAAAUCAUUGAAGGAGAUGGAGGCGUAGGAACCAUCAAGAAGAUCACCUUCGGUGAGGGCAGCCAGUUCGGCUCAGUGACCCACAAGAUCGAUGGGAUUGACAAAGACAACUUUGCGUACAGCUACAGUUUGGUCGAAGGAGAUGCCUUGUCGGACAAGAUUGAGAAGAUCUCAUACGAGACCAAAUUGGUGGCAUCUUCCGAUGGAGGCUCCGUCAUCAAGAGCACAAGCAACUACCACACCAAAGGUGAUGUGGAGAUCAAAGAGGAGCAUGUUAAGGCUGGCAAAGAGAAGGCAUCCCACCUCUUCAAGCUUGUUGAAGACUACCUCCUGGCCAAUCCUAAUGAAUACUGUUAAACUUAAUUGCAUGUCCUCAGCUUGCUGUUCAGUUUUUCAUGAUCUUCCAACUUCAUUCCAUCAUCAUCUUAUUCCACUUGGAAUAUAUAUGAAUUGAUUGUUGUGUUUAUUUUCAACUAUAAUAAUAAGAAUCUUCUGUUAAUCAAUUUUUUCUUGUU